AUGGGCAGCAUCUCGGCUUCACCGGUUCUCACUUGUUCAGGAAAGGCAGUUACCCUCCCAGGCACGAGAUCUUCACUGGUAGCAGACGGGGAAGCCCUGCUUUAUUCCGAGGCAUCGAUGUUGUGGGAGAUGGGGAAGAGGACACCCACUGGCUGCGAGGACUUCGCAGCAGGAGCUGUCGAGAACAGAAGGGGUUCCACGGCGCGGGAGGGCGCUGCAGGCGAGGCUGGCAUGUCGGGCCGGGGGUUGUGGAGGGCGCCCGUGCAGGAAGAAGGGUCCUCCUCCUCGCCCGACCUGGAGAUCCUCCGGGCACGUCAGCAGAGGCUCCGGGAGCUGAAAGCCGGAUUGGCUGCGGAGGAGGAUCAGGAGGAGGAGGAGGAGGAAGAGGAGCUGGAGGACUGCCAGUCGCCGCUUGCUGUGCUCGCGCGCGGCACUUGUGGCGCACCGUUGGGUGAGGAGGAUACGGAGGAAGAGGAGAAGGACGAGGUGGUGUGCUGGCGCGUGCUGCUCGCUUCGUGUCUAGCCGCUGGCCCGCUUGCACGGACGGAGGCGACCACAGACUCGCCGGAGUCGCGGAGCGGUCCGUCCCAGGCAUCUUUGGGCCAGGCGGAGGCAGACUACAGCCUGACAGGUGAACUCGGGCUCAGGCUCAGCCCCUGUUGGGGUGCUCGUGCGGUGCCGGCCCUUGUUGAAGGAGGACCGCUCUCCGCAGGGAGUCGCAUCAAGCUCUCUGCCAGUUCAGCGAAGAGCGGCAAGGUGAUGCUUCGGCUCCAGCCUGAAGAACAGAGCAGGAGCAGGCAAUCCGAACCCAAAGCCUUCCGCUGCAAUGGCUUCAUCAGCGAAGAAGGGACGCAAGCAGAUGUGUUUGAGCACGUUGCUCCCGUGGUGGACAGGGUCAUGGAAGGCUACAACGGUGUUGUGUUCUGCUACGGAAUCACAGGAUCGGGCAAAACUCACACGAUGAGUGGCCCGCCGAAGGAGCCCUUGGCGAAGCAAGUCAAGGAUCCGGCACCCCCAGAAGUGAUCGCUGCACAGCAGGGGAUUGUCCAGCGCGCCGCCAAGCGGAUCUUCGAGUUCAUCCGGGACAGGAGUGCGCUGGGUGAGAUUUUCACCGUCGAGGCGUCGUUCUUGGAGAUCUACUCGCCCGACGGGGUGCGCGAGAACUUGAUCGACCUCUUGGCAAACAAAGCCGACGAGGCCAAGCUGGAGGUCAAGCAGGAUGCGCUGGUCGGCCACAAGGCCUUCAUGUGCGAGGGCCUGAAGUCGGUCCCUAUCCGGUCUCCUGACGAAAUGCGCCAGGUUCUGGAAGGCGGCCGCCGCCGAUGCACGUAUAUGGAGACCUCCAGGAACUGCGUAUCUUCGAGGCCCUUGAAGAGACGGGAGCGCGUGUCUACGCAGAUGAUCCACCUUCUGUCCAACGUGCAUUUUCCGCUCCGCGGCACAUGUUCAAGCGUGGCAACAUGA